AUGUCAGAUAAUCAAUAUGAAUUAGUUCAAAAUUGUAUAAAUACUCGACAAUAUUUAACAAUAAAAAUCUAUAAUAGUUAUUUUCUAUUGCAUCGAAAUAUAAUUCAACAUUUGAAAAAUCAUGAAUUAGGUUUAGAAUUACCAACAGCUAUUAUUAAAAAAAUCUUUGGUUCAAAUCCAAUAUCAGUGAUAGAUGUAACAAAUAUAUGUCAUGUUGAUCCAUCACUUUAUGACAUAAUUAUAUUUGCUGAUAAAUCAGUUAUUUAUACUCCAAUAAAAGUUUUAGGUGAAAAUAAUAAAAGAAAAGAUAAUAUUGAUGAAACUGUAAAAAAAAUGAAAAAACAAAAAAAAAUACUUCCAUAUUAUGUACAAGCAGAUUUAGAAUUAUUAAAAUGGAAUGGAAUGUGUCAAAAUGAUAUUACUUUAUUUAUUAAAAAACUUGAUGAUAGUGAUGAGAAAAUAGAUUUAUUUAAUUCAAAUAAAUAUGAACAAAUACUUCAGAAAAUUAUUGAUUUUACUAAUAUAUCAACGAGAUUAAACUGUCGAUUAGUAUCAAAGAAAUGGCAAACAUUUGUUGAUCGUUCAUCAUCGUGGAAUUGUGUAUGCUUGUUAAAACUACGACGAUAUGUUGAUCGAGCAUUGAAUUAUUUUCAAAAGAUUGAUAUUCGUGAAUUGGAUCUCUCACAAUCAAUAGUUGAACCUUAUACAUAUGAAUUAAGAAAUCCUUUAUUAUUAUUUUCAUUACGAUCAGUUUGUAUAUCAACUGAUCAUUCGUUAGAAUUCUUUACGUUACUAUUUCAAAUAGCACCUUUUUUACAAUAUAUUAAACUUAUUCAAACAGUUAAUACAUCAUUAAAAAUCAAAAACAAUCAAUUAUAUGAUCAUAUUAAAUUUGUGAUAUGUUUAUGUCAAAACAAAUUAAAAUGUUUACGUCGAUUACAUAUUCAACUUCGAUCUGUAUCAGAUCAGAGAUUUCUCGAGUCUUUCUCCGUUACUUCAAUACCAAUUUCAUAUGAAGUUAUUUCUUGUUAG